ACGUGUGCGGGAGGGAAGCAGGAAGUGACUGCGGGAGAGGAGCCGGAGCGCGAGCUGCAGCGGGGCUGAUGGAAGUGCAGUGGGGGCUGGAGAGGGCACUCUACUGUAUCCAGCAUGCUCCAAGGCCACAGCUCUGUGUUCCAGGCCUUGUUGGGAACCCUCUUCACCUGGGGGAUGACAGCAGCGGGGGCCGCUCUCGUGUUCAUAUUCUCUAGUGGACAGAGGCGGAUAUUAGACGGGAGCCUUGGCUUUGCUGCAGGGGUCAUGUUAGCAGCUUCCUAUUGGUCUCUCCUGGCCCCAGCGGUUGAGAUGGCCACAUCCUCAGGGGGCUUUGGUGCCUUUGCCUUCUUCCCAGUGGCUGUUGGCUUCACCCUUGGAGCUGCUUUUGUCUACCUGGCUGACCUCCUGAUGCCUCACCUGGGUGCAGCAGAAGACCCCCAGACAGCGCUGGCCUUGAACUUUGACUCUACGUUGCUGAAGAAGAAGUCCGAUCCCGAGGGUCCUACGCUUCUCCUCCCUGAGAGUGAACUUUCCAUCCGGAUAGACAAGAGUGAGAAUGGUGAGGCCUAUCAGAGGAAGAAGGUGGCAGCCACUGGCCUUCCAGAGGGCCCAGCCCCACACGCCCCAUCCGCGCCUUCUCGAGGGAACCCGACGCAGCCGGGCGGCAGCAGCUGGAGGAGGAUCGCGCUGCUCAUCUUGGCCAUCACCGUACACAACGUUCCAGAGGGCCUUGCUGUUGGAGUUGGAUUCGGGGCUGUAGAAAAGACGGCAUCUGCUACCUUUGAGAGCGCCAGGAAUCUGGCCAUUGGAAUUGGAAUCCAGAAUUUCCCCGAGGGCCUGGCUGUCAGUCUCCCCUUGCGAGGGGCCGGCUUCUCCACCUGGAGAGCCUUCUGGUACGGGCAGCUGAGUGGCAUGGUGGAGCCCCUAGCGGGGGUCUUUGGUGCCUUUGCCGUGGUGCUGGCUGAGCCCAUCCUGCCCUACGCACUGGCCUUCGCGGCUGGCGCCAUGGUCUAUGUGGUCAUGGAUGACAUCAUCCCUGAAGCGCAGAUCAGUGGCAAUGGGAAGCUGGCGUCCUGGGCCUCCAUCCUGGGUUUCGUGGUGAUGAUGUCACUGGACGUCGGCCUGGGCUAGGACUGAGACGCUCCGGACUCCGGGAAGGGCAGCAUGAGGAGGCGGUGGCGGCUGGUUUCCGCGGGACCACAAGCCUUUUCCUUCACAUUAAAACACUUUUCCUUUCUCUCCUCAUCUCAUGAUCCUGAUUGACUCUGAUUAUAAAAUGACAGUCUUUACCUUGCUUUUGAGGGAGAUAACUGCUUUUCUUUGGAAUUUCAAGGUGUCGUGGAAUUAAAACUUUUUAUGUUGCCACUGAAUGGAAUCUUUGUUCAGUGGGACUCUCGAGAACAUAAAGAUCAGGGAAAUCUCUGCUUCGGUCCCUCCGGUCUCCCUCACUAGACCCAAUGCCGGCUCCUCACCCACAGAAGCAAGCUACUGAGACAAGCCUCCUGAGCACUUUGGCUAAGGGACUCAGAGCAGAGUGGCCAGCAGAUUUUUCGUGCGCCCGUCCUGUUCUCCACUACUGAUCCUCUACCAUCCAGAACACCAGAACCGAACAUCAUGACCCAAGCAACCCACUUUCCAAGCCUGAGCCAGCCUGAAGAACACACCUCCUCUACCUCUCCCAGGGGGGAGAUACUGCAUGGGAGGGGGGCGUGACACAGGGAAGGAAAUCAACUAAUCUUUCUUUUUUGCUUAAGGAAAAGAUCGACAUUGUCGAGUUAAAGGGAUUCAGACAACUGUGAACACACAGUGAGCCCUGUGAAGAGCCAAUAGUGUGGCUUUGAUAGCUAUGUCCUGCGCUCUCAGUGGACUCUAAUAGCAAAGUGCUUUCCAAAUCCCCUAGGCAUUUAUUUUGGUAAGUUUACAGCCUUUAUAUUUCUAAGAGACUUAGGGACACCAGCAAACUCCGAGAGCUCAGACUCUUCCUGUACUGAUGGAGGGAGCCACUCAGGUUCACGUAAGGGAAUCGCAGACACUUGGAAUCUGCAGUGGGUCCUUCCCUGUUGACCAUUCGAUGUAACCUGACCACAAGCUCCUGAGCUGCCUGGGCUUUGCUGGAGUUUAGCCAGAUGGCUUAGGAUGGAAAAGGAAGACGGGCAGGAGAAGAAUGAUAUUUUUACAUUUCCCUUUUAAGGUAAAUUUUGGCCAAAUUGUCAUCCCAAAAGGAUCCUCAAGAAUGACUUGGACCAGACUAGAAGGCACCCUCCUCCUUUGUACAUGUAGCUUUUCUCCCAAACAGGGUGAUGUGACCUCCUUCCAACACAGCUAAGGCAAAUGGUCCUCACUGGUCAGAGGAGCACGUGGGACUUUGAGUGGGCUCCACUGAGAAGGCGGGCAGCGCGAGAGCCAGGGGCUCAGGCGUUUGGGGUCAGCACCUGCCCUCUUGAGUUUACAUGAUCAACUGCUUCCAAGGCUGAAUCUUCUGCUCUGUGAAUGCUUUACGGCUCCAAAGGCCAACCUUGGCCUGGGUCUAUAUACAUACGUUCUUCCAAAAGCACUGAUGAUCAAAAUUGAUGACACAUCCAGAGGCGUGACAGGUCGAGCUUACCUGCUUUGGUGCGUGUUGUAAUUUUUACAUCUUUGUAUGUAGUUCUACGUGGUGGAAAUUGUGCUUUCUGAUGGACAAGACCUCAUAACUGUGAUUACUAUUAAUAAAGGGGAGAUUGUUGUGGA